UUUGUUUGGUUUAUUUCUAAACAUCAAAUUUUGUCCUUUGUGAGAAAUUUAUCACAUAUUUCCUAUAAUUAUUUAAAAAUUGAAAUGGGUGCAAGUUACGAAUCGAAAAGGACUUGAAGAAUGGGCUGUAUAUCCAGCAAAACAGAUAUCAAUGAUCUUCAUCCUAAUAUUUUCCAGGUGAUGAACGUGGAUGACCUGGGCAACAAACUGAGCCCGGGCCAGUUGGAGAUCACGGAAACGGAUCUGGUGCUGUACCAACGCAAGAAGGCACCCGUGAAGUGGCCGCUGCGCUGCCUCAGGCGGUACGGCUUCGAUGCCGAGCUGUUCAGCUUCGAGUCCGGCAGGCGCUGCCCCACCGGGCCGGGCAUCUACGCGUUCCGCUGCCAGAGGGCGGAGCAGCUGUUCAACCUGCUGCAGACGCACAUCCAGGUGCGGAACAGCACCGGGGAGGAGUCCUGGGGCCCCGCCGUGCCGGCCAGGGUGGGCGUCGACGCCAACUACCUGGAGCCGUCGUCGGUGCGGCCGGCGCUCCGGGGGGCCCGCCUGAGCAGCGUCGGCAGCAGCAGCAAUGGGCCCGUCAGCCCCCAGGACACCACCUCCCCCUCGCCGUCGCUCCUGGUGCCGUCCGUGUCUCCUCCCGCGCCCGCGGAGGAGGCCCCUGAGAGCUGCUCGCCGGGCUCGGACCGCCGGGCGUCGCUCAAGCAGUCGCUCGGCGCCGGGGAGGGCCCGGGGGACCCCCGGGACGCUGCCCCGCCGGCCUCGCCCUCCUACAUCAACGUGGAACUGUCGAGUGACGCGCGCUCGCCGACGCUCGGCCAGGGCGCGGAGCCCUGCCAGCCGUGCCCGGUGCCGGGAGAGGCGCGGCAGUCGCCCGUGUACAUGAACGUGUUCCCGGGCGCGGCGGCCGCCCCCCAGGACUGGGAGCCCCGCCACUGCUACGAGAACCUGGGCCCCGGGGAGAUGGAGGUGCUGAAGCACCUGCCCGGGGCGCCGCCCCUCCCCCCGCCGCCGCCGCCGCCCCCGCUCCGGGAGGUCAACUACGCGGUGCUGGACCUGAACGGGGUAAAGCCCCCGGUCCCCGAGGGGCCCCCCGAGUCCCCGAAGAAGGCCUCGGCGGGCUACGCCACCAUCGACUUUGACCGGACGGUGGCCCUGCUGCAGUCGGUGCAGCCCAGCGUGGACAACGACAGCGAGGGCUCGCGCAAGACGCGGCACAACUCGACCAUCGGUGACGCUCUGCCCCCGCCCCACACCAGGCACAGCUCGUCCGACUGAGCCCGGGGGCCGUGACUCCCCCUGUCCAGUGGCGGGCAGCACCUUCUGUUGCCGGCUUGGAUAAUCUGGGCCCUGACUCCCGGUCCAGUAGCGGGCAGCAGCUUCGUUAGGGCCACCACAUUCUGUUGCCAGUUCUGAUAAUCAUUUCAUUUUUUAAAUGUACAAAUUACAGUCAACUUUUGAUUAUAUACCCCUGUGAAAGAGGUUCUUUAUUUUGAAGGGGUCAGUAUUGUAAUUUGGACUAAUUUGACCCUUCUUCAUAUUCCAACCACUUUCAUUUAAAAAAAAAAAAAAAUCUGUUUGAAUUCUUUAGAAUAUACUGACAUGUUUUAUUUCACUAUUAAUUUACUUUUAUAAAUACUGUAGAUGUCUUGCAGUGUAAGUGGUACGAUUGAAAGUGUAUGUCCGACCGCCCGUUGUCACCAAAAUAAGCUUCGUACAAUUUAAUGAACCAGCACAAAGUUCACUUUCAGAGGCUUAUUACAGCAAAAGUUUAAAAUAUCUGUCAUUGACCUUUUUUAAUUUGUUUUAAGUAAAACAACUUUAUUCAAGCAAAACGAAUACAGCACAAUAAAAAAAAAAAUUAUAUUUUCGUGAGCGAAUGUUAGGCUUCAAAUGAUUUGAAGCUUUGCAACGAAUUUGAAAGUUCACAUUCAGACGCGAAGCUUUGCAUCACAGCCGAAGCUUCAAAUAAAGACUAAUGGGAAAUAUCCUGGCAAAGUCAGAUUGAAUAUGAAAUAGAGCUUUGAUUGAUUGGCUUGUUCGAAGCUUCGCUCUGCCAUAUGAGAACCUGGCGACGGUUGACAGGGAUCUUCCCUACGACCGACAAGCGACAUUUGGGUAGUACAGGGCUCGCCUAGAGAAUCACUUCUUGUGCCCAAAAUAAAUUUCCAAAGUUAAUUUUCUGCCUUUCUUAAUCUUCUGUCUUUUGAAACCAAAAUUUUUAAACUGCUCAGGGUCGUAGAAUCAGGAGUUGAUUGUAUAGAAGAAAAUAGUUUCUCCAAGUGUCUUAGGUUUUUUUUUUAAAUAUAGAAGAUUGAAAUGUCUCUCAAUGUUUAGCUUUAUGCAAUUUAUUUCAAUUCGUCCGUGAUAUUUUUCUUUACAAAAUUUAUAUUGGCUGCUGUUUAGAAGUGCACUGAUUGGGAUGUACACUUGGACAGUCUCCGGGUAAAAGUUAACAAGUCAAGAAUUCACUUUUUGCAGGAGAAACAAAAAACUCUUAGAUAAAAAUUGAAUUUAAAUACUUAAAUUUUUCUCGCAUUAUCCUUUUAUUUACCAACAUAGUUGCCGAUGAUGCAUUACAUAUUCUGAGUAUACUUAAGAGUUUAAGUGACUUGUUGACUAAAAAUCACCAAAAUGUGACUUGUUACCUUUUACCCGGAGACCGUCCACUUGUACUCAGUAGGAACAAGAUUAUAUGGUGAAUUGAGAUAAAACCGGAAAUAACGAAAAGCAUGUCAAAAUGCUGCAUAUCGUCGAAAUGCAAGUUAUUACAGCAUGUAGCACUGAAGUGCAAGUUAUGUAAUGGAAUUAAGUAGCAUUUAACCAAAAUUUAAUGCAAAUCAUAAAAAAAAAAGUAAAUCUUCUAAUGUUUGAAUUUCUAGGAAUGUCAUUAUUUCCUAACAAAAUAUUUCACUAUAUUGGAUGUACCAGAAAAAAUUAAUUUAAUUUGUUUUACUGUGCAUCUCUGAUUGAAUCACUUCUUAACCACAGACGCUCACUAAUUUAUUUAUUUUUGUUCUGGAUCUAUCUGUUUUAGACCAAUUUAUUACAAAAAAAAAAUUAUUGUAAAAAUGCAGCAUGUAAAUUUUACCACUAUUAGUAAGUAUUACAAAACAGCUUUUAUAAAAAUUAAAAAAAAUUAACACAGGAAUCUUCUGUUCUAAAAAUGAAGUUGGACUAAAAGUAAAACCAUAAAAUCUUGUCUCUACUUUAUAUAAAUGUUCGACAUUCUCAUAGCUCACUGACGAGAAGAUCACGAAGUCGUGCUGACGGUUUUCGCAACAUAAAGUCAGCGCGUGACUCGUCUGUGCUUCAGACCAUGUGUGGUCGAUGCCCCUGUAUGCACAGUAGUCGACCGGUGUUUGCAUGCGCGUAGUGGGCUUGGAGAAGUCAGUGGAAUUCAGCCUCGAUCGAGAUUCCGUUUCAUGUAAAGGAAAGACAUUUAUGAAUAAUGAUUAAUCUGCUAUCUACGCAUAUUUACCUAAGUGUCUCAUAUUGAGAUAAUGGAAUAGACUACUUGAGUGAGUCAGAAUGGAGUACGUAUAUUAAUUUCAUGAACUUUUUCAAAAAUUUACUACGUAAUGAUUUUUCGUGAAUUUACUUAUGAUUUUUCAUUAUGGAAGCUGUGAGCACUCUGUAAUAAAAUUUAUGAUUGCAUUUAUUUUAGGAUAUCUAGUCAUCUCAAGGGAUUUUCCUUUGUCCUAUUUUGACCUGUAAUUUUUAAAAUGCACGGUGUGUUAGUUUUAACUACAAAUUGUAAUUUAGUAAAUGUGAAAAGUAACAAAAGAGGACUGUUAGUAUAGAACUUGCACAAGUUAAGUCAUUUGCUACAAAUUAACGUGAUGAUGUUGGGUAUCUUGUUUGAUGUUGGAAUAUUUUCUGCAGUUUGUAAGUGAACACAAACCCUAUUUUGUUGCUUGUAUUUCCCCCCUCAAUCGGUAAAGGCAUAGCACAAUCUACAUGUGGCUAUGAACCUUUAGGAUUAGUGGAUGCCUUUCAACUUGAACUUGUGAAAUUGUUAUCUACAAAUUAAUUUUAGGGUUAAAACUAAAAUACACCACAGAUUUUAAAAGUUACAGGUUGAAAGGUGCCAUUGCGUGCAGAAGGAAAAUUAUAUUAGUGAUCACAGUUCUGAAAAUACAAUUCUUUGGACAUAUGCCAUUGCAGUUUUGCACUGUUUGUCAUGGAAAAAAAUUCAAGAAUCCAAAAUAAUUUCUGAACAACACAACAAACAAAUGGAUCCAAUGACGAAACUAAACAGGUGUUAUGGACAACACAAUGAUGACAGCACAGAUGAACACAUUCAAACUUUAAAUAUCAGAUAGCACAAAAAUUACGUGGAAGAAAUGAAGUCGUGAAAGAAUAACAGAACAGACUUAACACAGUGGACGAACAACGAUGAGAUAUUUUCAAGAACUGUAAAUGCAGACUGACAACACAACGACCGCACCGACGAACAUAUUAUGCUUCCUGUGACAAAACAGUUGCGACGUUUUCAGGAACUGGCAUCUGUUCCUGUCGUCAGGCAUUUGCUGUUCUUGUUGAAACUGUAUCGUCAUCGUUAGCCCUCUGUGUUCGUCUGUGUUGUUUUUUCCUUCCGUGGAAUUCUUGUGCUGUCCGAUACUUAAAGUUUGACUGUGUUCAUCUUUGCUGUUUUCGUUGUGUAGUCCAUAAUUACCAUUUUAGUUUUGAUCGUUGGAUCCAUCCAUUCGCUUUGAUGUCCAGGGUUUCUUAUUUUGCAAAUGUGAAUUUUUUUUUUUCCCAUGACAAACAGUGCAAAACUGCAAUGGCUUACGUCGAAAUUCCCCAUAGCACGAAUCAUUUAAAGAACUCCGCCCUGACUCACUCUGAACGGUAAGAAAACAAUUAUAACAUUUUGGCGAAUAGGGACUCUGCUGAAGUACCUUUUUGUUUCAGCUGAAUUUAGAUCCAGUUUAAAACAAGUCUGAAUACGUAGUGCAUUGUUUUUACUGUGGCGUGCAUGUGUUGUGUGUGUACCUUAGUUUUAUUUCAUGUAGCACUUUGCAAUCCAGUAUUUUGCAUGCGAAAUAGGCAGCACAAAGUUCAGAGUAGAGUAUUUUUUAUUAAUGACAGCAGAACUGCUUAUAUGUCUCUUUUAAAAUACAUGUGAGGGCUUUUUUUUUUGUAGGUUUUAAAGUAUUUGUGGUCAAACUGAAUGUGGGCAAGAGGCAAGAUUAUAUUGUUUUUUGACUUUAAAAUCAUUUUAAAAAUUUAAAGUUUCUGGAAAUUAUCUAAUUAAUUUUUCUUAAAAUCUGCACUUUAAAUGGAAUUAUUUUUAUAUCCAUACUCUUCAAGAGAUGAAUUGUGUAAUAAUGCAAGAAAAAACGCCAGUGUACAUCCAAUCACUUCUUUACUUCAAGCUUGCUGUUGUCGGAACGAGACGAGGUCAACUUGUGAGAUUUAGGUGAUGAAGGUAUCGACUGUCAGUUUAAUAAACAAAACGGGAGAGAACAGUUUUAACGUUUUAACUGCCUUAUUUUCAAAUCCAGCAACGUAGAAAGAGUGUAAUUACAAGAUACUAACUCGUGGAUACAGAACGCACAAAAACGGUUACCUACAGUUCCCGCGUGGUUUCAAACUAAAAUACAUGUUCUUUGCUGCCAACAUUCUAAAACUAAAUUUCCCUGCUGAUCCUUUUAUGUGGCGCUGCGACAGAAACGUGUGUACCGUGGGGUGUGCAGACCUCGUGCAAACACGCCGCGAGCAACAUUGCGUGAGUUGAAGACCGGUCAUACACGACAAUCUUCUAAUUUUUUAGACUUACUGUUGUGAGAAGCUGAGGAUGAAAAACUAUCAUCAAUUAGCAUGUUGCUCAGUAAUGCCAUGUUUUACAACAACAGGAACACUUGCCGUCCAUGUGGAAGCGAACCAUUCGUUGUCUAGGAUAUCCAUGUAUUGUUAUUCUCAGGGUUCCCCCCCUCCUCUUUUAUUUGUUGUAGUCCUGUCUUUAUGGAUGCUUUAUUGUGUAUAAAGUUAUCACUAAAUACACCAAACGACAUCACAUUCAUAAUUACAUAUGUAGUAGAUAAACUAAACUAAGUGCGUAGCAGGCCACUAAUCUUAGCAGAACGUUUAGAACCUCUCAGCGGGCUAAUCUAUGUAGUGUUUUUUUUUUCCUUGAAUUUUGAAAUUGAUGUAUAUGUAUAUUGAUUUUUAUUUUAUUUUUCUUUUGUCACAUUGUACUGUUUGAGAUAUAAUAUUGCCUCUAGUGAUACAUUUUCUAACAGCUAAACCAGGUUUGAUCAGUAAUUUUAAUUUGUGAAACUAAAGUAUAAAAUAUAUUUUUCAUAAUUUUUUUUUUUACUUCUUAUUUGUAAGCAAUGUUAGGUACAUAUAUAUAUCAAAAUCUGUUCUAAUGAAAAUUCAAAUAUAAGUCAGUGCUACUGCGAAAAAAUGUUACUGGGCUGUCUGCUAGGUGUCUGUUGAUUAUGUUAUGCAUCACAAUGUAAUUAUAAAUGACAUUCUCCAUUAUUCCUGUCGUACGGCUAGCAUCUUGGUGUGUAGCUUGUGGAGGCAUCAAAUACUCGAGUAAGAAUUUUUAGAUUCAGUGGCUUAAAUAUUAUUUUGAAUGUAGAUUUAAAUUUUUUAUAAUAAGAAGCAUAAUGCAAGAAAUAUGAUAAGAAAAAAAUCUGUGUGAUUUGAAAAAGUUUAUUCAUUUUUACCACUUGAGGGGAAUAUUUUUUUUUGGUCAAAAUUUGUUUAUUGCGCAAGUAAGAUAUUUAAACACCAAAUAAAUAAGCAAUUGUUAUGGUGGUCAUCUUGCAUUAAGGUGCCAUUUUAGACUUUACAUCGAUUAUUAGCGUGACCAAAUUUGGGGCCUGAAUUUACGAAGUUUACGAACAGACAUGGUACAGAAACACAAAUUCAAACAGGAAACAACCUAAAUCCUUGCCAAAGCUUAUGUUAAAAUUUGGUUAGUAUCUUUGUGGGUUUCAUGUACUUAUACAAUAUUUUAGAUUACGGAAAGUAUUUAUUAUGUGGCUUAGCAUUUCAUACUUGCUCUUAUUUUGGAGGGAGUAAAAGUAUGAUUUUAUGAUUUUUUUUUGUAAUAUUUUGUAGCAAAUGUUGAUGGGGUAAUUUUUACUCCAAACAACAUCCAUUUGUUACAGAGUUUAUGGUAAUUUGGUCCUGCAUAACUUUUUUUUAUCGUUCGUUCAUUCCACUAUCGGAGUCGAACUUAUUGCUAAACAUCGUAAAGUUCACAGCAUGACUUCAGCAGUCGAGUUAACACCAAGUUUGGUUAAAAAAAAAAAGUUUUAUCUUAUUGUAGUGUUGGUCUUCCAGGUUAGGAAAGUGUGUGUUAUCCCGCAACUGUUAGCUCAUGUUCAAACGGCUGCUCGGAUUCUGGGAGAUGUUUCUGGAAGGUUGCCUCGAGUUACUUGGUUGGUACUACUGCUCUCGGGGCACGUGCGGUGUGCACUUAGAGCAGGUCAGUGCAGUAAAAUUGAAACAUGCUCAUGGAAUAUGUUGGGAAAGUACUAACAGAAAGUGCAACUUUUAUUUGUAGAAAAUUAUUUCAAAAUUGUAUGCAGUGUACCCUGUUGUGACUUUGUGAAUUGUGCUUUCCUUGCUUGUGGUGAUGUCCAUUUUGUAAAUGUGCUUGCGAAGCUAGAAACACUCAUUGUGUGAUGUUGCUUACCAGACACACCAGAGACUAUUUCUUCAUGAAGAUCUAAAAAGAAAAAUUAUUUAUGUAUUUUACCUUUCGUUAGGAUAAUUUAUUUUGACCAGUCUAGUUAUGGUACCAAAGAAACUAUUAUGUGUUAUAAGUUUUUUUCUUUUACAAAUUUCUUUGUGUACAAUUUUUUUUAAUUGAUUAUGUUUUAUUUUACAAAUUAAUCUGUAAUAUUCUAUUAUUUUUAUUUUUUAAACUUAACUCAACUAAUCAUAACAAAGAACAUCACAAAAUUGAGACAUUAUUUUUCAGUCUGAUAGAUGUUGAAACAUUGAUAGUUAUUGACUAGAAAUAUGGCCAGUUUUAUAAUAUUCUAUUAAUUAUGUUUUCUAUUGAAACAGUAAAAAUAAUUACAAAUGCAGGUGUCUAGGUAUUAAGAAUGUUAUUUAUUACUUUUGGUUUAGUACUAGUCCAUAUACAUUUUACUGCAUUUUAUUUUCUUGGCGAGAAACUGUGUUUCACGUAAUAUCCACUCUUACAUGGUCACAAUUACUGACUUGUGUAAAAGGCCAUCUAAGUAACAAUUAGUCAGUUUUUCCGAGUUAAACUUGGGGUUUUAAAGACUAUUUUCCAUCAGAUGUGUAGAAACAGAAUAGACAGAGUUUUUUUCACGCAAGAGUCACUGUAUGGCUAAACAGUCUCUGUACGGUGGUGAGACUCAUCUGUACCACAGCGUGGCAGUGAUCGCCCUGUAGGCAGUGUUGCUCGCUUGCAGUAAUUUUAAAGACUCUUGAAGACAGGCAAAAAUUAGGUUUUAGUUCCUUGGAGUCCAGGUUAUAGCGGUACGAGGUAUCAAGUGCAUUCUUGUUUAUUUCAGCUCCUUUAGUGUAGUGUGCUGCCUGAAACACCAUCCAGUUUUCCCUCGUUCUUCUCACUAAACCAACCAGAUUGUCUGCCGAGAGAUUCGUGGAUGUAGGCCUGGCAUCUUCCACUCUGUUGCUCUGAACAAGGAGGCACACUGGCUCUCCGAGUGUGUGUGUGUGUGUGUGUGUGUGGGUGGGUGGGGUGUGUGAGUGGGAGUGUGUGGGUGGGGGGGUGUGUGUAAGGAGGGGGGGGGGGGAGCGAGCGAGCGCUCUCCGAGUGAAACUGCUACCCGGAGCGUCUGUGCUGUGGUUUGAACUACUUUGUACCAGAGUGUGUUUUCCUUCCAUGUAGGAGUGCAGUCCACUGAAAAAAAAAAAUUCCUUCAUCAGAAAGUACGGGCCGUGAUUUUUUUUGUUAAGUAGGUGCCAUUUUGAAAUUUUAAAAAAAAGUAGACUUUUCUCAACAGUGUUAUUUUUUACUUGAAAGCCUGUUCCUUACUCUACUAUUCUACAUAAUAAUUCACACCAAUAUUAAGGCACGUUUCGUACGCCCAGCUUUUGAAUCCCAUCCGCAUAGAAGUCUGCCGCCUGAUUUAACAACCGCUGCAGCACGUCAGAUAACUACAAAAUCAUAAAAGUCGGUUCUCUUUCACUUUUUCGUCAACUUUAUGCACUAAAGCUUACGUAAUGACAGAAGGUUACCCACUUCGUUCCUCGUCGUGAACUUUCGUGCGGCCAUCUUUGAAAUCUCUUAACUCCUUUCCGUACUGUUACGUGGCAAUGAUGUUUUCUCCAUUCACUUCACUGAUCAGAUCUGACAAUGAAUUUCACCUGCUUUCACACCUAACUAAUCACAGAGUGUAUUUUACAGUCGGCGGAAGCAUUUUAAAUACCUACAAACAAACGUAAACACCGUCAGAUGUUUCCAUAAUGCCAUCUGUGGCUUGUCAACAGACGUAUGUUCGCAGCCCGUAUGAGCUUAAAAAAAACACCCCUCAUAGUACAGAAGCUAUCUGCUUAAGUAAGAACUACCAUUGGCUCUGCCUACUGUAUUUGUGUGUGUUAUUGUAUGUUGUAUGUAGUAUUAUGUUUAUUUUAAAUAUUGGAUUUCUUUUUAAAACUUAUUGAACCUUAAAGGAAAGAAAUGUUCUGAGAAAAUAAAAUGCAGUAUUUGUAUGUGGGUUGGUUUCGUAAUGCACUGUUAGUGGCUGUAAUGUUUGUUGAUUGAACGGCAUUGUGCCGUGAUGCAUAUUGCAGAAAGUAUGCAUCGAGGCGGAUGUAAACACGUAAUAAGCUUAGUGAGAGGUCCACAGACAUCGAAAUGUUUUCAUUGGAUAUUCCGAGUAUUUUUAUGAACUUUUUGUGAGGACAUUAUAAAGAGGCAUUGGAAUAAUUAUUGAUAAAAAAAUGAAUUGUAAUUAGUUUUCGCACUGUUUGUAAUGAAUGCCAAUGAAAAUUUAAUACAUCCUAGUAUAGAAUUCUCGUGUUUCGUAUGUAUUGGAUUAGCCGUAAGUUCUUCCAGGGUUCCCAGCAUUGUCAAUUCGUUAAGUACGACGCACAUAACAUAAGCAGCAGAUGUAUCGACUGGUGUUUAGUAACUGCAUCCAUGAGUUCAUCUUGAAGCUGUGGCAUUGGUGGAUCACGUGUGAUCAUGGAGACGGAUCCUUGUUAACAUCUACAGAAGCUUAGAUGAGACAACUGUGGAAGCUGAGAGUGGAAGCUUCGUCUCCUAGAAUUUUCUGACUUUUUUACUUUUUGCAGUUACAAAAGCUACUUGAAAAAUAGUGCCCCUCUACAAAUUCUCAUCAGCGGUGUGUGUUUUAAAAUUUUACUUAAAAUGAAGCAUGUUGAUGUAUUCAGCAACUGCGACUACAAGUGCCGCAUCUUCGUUCCACCAUCCAUUUAUGCGUUGGAUGAACUCAUGGAUGUCGGUUACAUGGAAAAACAUAUUGUAUUGGCUCAGCAAGCCAGUAACAGGUUUUAAAUAUCUAUCCCCUCUAUAAAAGUACGGCAUUGGGCAUAUUUUUAUGUUUGGAAACCCUUGGCGAACUAUAGACUAGUCCUGCAUAUAUAUAUACGUGAAUGAUGUGUGCCUGUAAAAUAGAGAAUAUAUUUUGUGUUGAUGAUACAUUAGUAUGAAAUAAAGAGUUUUGUGUGUUUUUAA